AUGAUUUCCGCAAUUGGCAGUUCCCAGUGCCUUGACGUGUUUGACUGGCCGGAGUAUUUCGCUGUCAGUCCACUAAUCCAAGUCGUUCUUUCUCGUUUGGCCAAUCCCCACCGCUUUGCGAUAAACACGGACCAGAUGAGAACUCCGGAAUGCUCCUUUGCGAUGGAAGCGUUUCAAUUGAACGGAAUACCGUUGUGUAGUUGUCAGGACGCGCCCGGGAAAGAAAAAUGCACAUGUGCAGAAAGUGACGCAUCCCAAGGUCACCAUCGGUACGACGCGUCAGGAAACGUCAAAAUGGGAGGAGUUGUACUGUGUGAAGAACAGUGUGAGGUGUCCUUCGAACUGGGACUGGUACACGCCUACUUCCCGGAAGCUUAUUCCGGCAUCAUUUCCCUUGUAUGGAAUACCGAUUUCCAACCGCAACUGAACACGUUUUCACUCAACCGAGAUGCACUGGCACGCUAUGAUCCACUGUCAAUCACUGUUGAGGAUACGGUAUUCACUUGGCCAACAAAUGAACACGUCUCCGAUCACACAACUGAACGCGGCGAUGUACACCUUCUCAGCAACAUUCGGUUUCACGAUAAAUCUUAUUUUGCGCUCGGAACUGACUUUCUACACCGAAUCAAACUACGCUUGAAAGCGCGUGGGACUACGUACGUGGAAGUCGCCAAAAAUCCGCGAUUCCCCUAG